AUGGAUCCAAGUUUAUACCAACAACAACGUGAGCAACAACACCGCGCUGCAUAUCCAUUUCCGGCAACAGAAGCAGCAGUUCCCGGUGGCUAUCCUCAACCCUAUAACUUUUCGAAUAACUCGGCAUACAUGGGAGCAGCUGCCAAUGGGAUAAACUCGAUGAUGCCUAAUCUUGGAAAUCGUACAAUGUUUACCGCGACUCCGGUUGCUGCAGUGUCAUCAAUGACGGCAAAUGGCAUGCCACCGGCAAAAAGAGUUGCGUUAGCACCACCGACAACAAUGCAAAACAUUUAUCCGAAUUUAUCACAAGGAUCUUUGCAAAAUCAAUUCUAUAGCACAGGAGGGAAUAACAAUGACAACAACAGCAAUAAUAAUGCCAAUCAAAUUCUUAGAUUAGCUAGACCACCAAUGCCUAAUCAUUCAUCAUUUAUGAAUCCAAUGAGUCAGGGAAUGGAUAUGAAAUCCCAAGCAGCAGCAGCAGCAACCAUGCAGGCCAAUAAUCCAUAUGCAUCGAUAGACAGUGUUAAAUAUUAUGGACAAUAUCCACAGCAGGCACAGAAACCUGUUAUUGGGAUGAAUAACCUAAUGAAUCAAUCAAUGCACAGUAUAGUGCCGCCAGAUGAUAAUGGAGUUGGAUGGUUGGAUAUUGAUGAUACUGUUUAUGAUUUUAGUGGUAUAACUGGUGGAGGUUUGGAUCUUUCGAGUGCGUCUUCAAGUAUUGGUCAAGGUAUUUCUGGUUGGAAUCCGAGUGUAUUACAGGACAAUUUUAAUUAUAUUGCUCGCGAUUCUACCAAGUCAUACUCAUCAUCUAUAAAUCCAAGUCAACAACAACAAUCAGAACAGACGAUGACUUUAUCGCAAUCUCAUCAAUCGGAUCAAAAUUUACAAGGAAAUUUAAACUUUAUCGCGCGGACUGCCAAAACGUAUAAUCCAUUAGAUCAAAAUCAUCAAGAUUCUUCAUCAUUAUCCCAAUCUUCGGAUACAAAUCAACAAAUUAAGACCGCAAAUCUAUUGCAACAGCACCAACAACAAUCACUUUCACAAACUUCUCAAAAUGACAUAGGAGCUCAGUCGCAGCAACCACAGACGCAAUUAGAAGAAUCCCAACAGCAGCAGCAACAGUUGCCGCAAGAAAAUAAUGACUACCAAUAUUCAAGUAUAUCUUCGCAACCAUUUUCUUCAAGCGGGAUGCUUAGUGGACAGGUUUCAGUAUCACAAAAAAGUGUACCGAGAAAUUCCACAGGCAAUAUACAACAUAAUUAUCUUGAUCCUACUAUGCAAAUGUUGUCUGGUGGCACAUUGUCCUAUUCGUACAGUAAUUCAACUAAUUCUUCAAAAAACGUCUCGCCGAAUUUACGAGCAACGACCAAUUCUGCAAAUAUAACACGCCAAAAUUCUCCAAGAAAAUCACCUCAGGCAUCAGAAACUGAUACAAAUAGCAUUCAUUCAACAAGUUCGCAUCCUACUAAUCCAUUAAUACCUUCACAAGUUCAAGCAACCCCUUCAACUUCAUCACAUCCAAAACCACCAACAUCCUUUAUAAGAAAGCAACCACAACGACCAAAUAAGGUUACUUAUUACCCCAAAACCAGAACAGUAGAAACCUAUGGUGGGAUAGAUUUAAGGGUAUUCGAAAGAUUUUCUAUUCCCUUAAAUUUACCUGGAAUUCAAGAUUUAGGUGCUGUUGAUAUUCACACUCUUACAAUGUCACUAAAGUCUCAUAUGAAACUUGAAGUGACUAAUGCACUCAAUACACUGACCACCAUUACAAGUCAGAGAAAUAUCACAAUAGAUCUGAGGCAAUGCGGAGAUUUGCUGGAUGUAUUAUUAGAUACACUACUAGGAUACGUGGAUGAUUGUUCCUCGUAUACAGAAGAAACAGACGAGAAUCUUGGACCGGAACGUAAAUUUAAAACAUAUCAAGAACUUGUCGAAAUAUCACGGCAAGAAUAUUUCGAACUUUCUUAUGAAAGCUCGAGCGUAUCGGAAGCAUGGUUAUCUCGUCGGGAACAAUGUUGGUGUAUCGCGAAUUUAAUAAGAAAUUUUUCGUUUAUGGGUGAAAAUCAGUAUUAUCUUGCAACUCAUUCUCGACUAAUAACUAAUGGAAACCAAACAUCAGAGAAAGAAAUGAAUCAUAAUAAAAAAUCAAGUCUAAUACAUCAAAAGGGAGGAGCUCUUGAUAUUCUUGAUUAUCGCAAAAGCAUGCUGAUCAUUUUAUCGAACAUUGCUUCUUACCUCAUACUACCUUCCGUUAGCAUAAGCAGAGAUCUUUUAGCAAUGCUAGCCGAUUUUCUAGAACACACCGAAGACUAUUAUGCACAAGUGGCGUUGGAAGUCCUGGCAAAAAUAUCGGUGGCAUAUGAAAAUCGACAAUUAAUUGGCGGAUGUCCGGAAUCGACCAUACUCUCGGUAUUCAAUUGUUUGAUAAGAAUGUUACCGCGUGGAGAUAGAAUUGACCCUAAUCGAGCUUUACAAGAACUGGCAAAUUUGGAGAGCGUGGUUAUGGCGUUGUAUAAUCUUGCAUGUUUGAGUAACGAGACUUUAAGACGAAGAAUGGCAAAUACUGCUGGAUUUGUGCAUCGAAUGCUGAAAAUGUCAAUAACAUUAGCCAGUAUAAGCAAUGAUAUAUUCAUAAUAUUAUGUCGAAGAGCGAUAGAAACAUUGAAAUUGCUGGCGAAAGGCAACGAAAGUGUUUUCCUUGUAUAUAAUGAACAAUUAAUGCAUGCUCUAUUGACACCAUAUAUAGACCCAAUCGUGGAAAGAGACUUGGAGUCAAUUAUGUACCCGGGUGAUGUUUAG